AUGAGCUAUGCCGUCAAAUGGGGGAGGGAGAGACUGCACUUCUCCCUUCCCCCGCCCGACACCAAACUCUCAGCGAUCCGCGCAGAGCUCGCAGAGUACACCCAGCUACCUCCCGACUCCUUCAAGCUCAUACACGCCGGAGCCGUCAUGAAGGACGACAAUGCACCCAUCUCCACAUACGGCAUCAAGCGCAACUCGACCAUUGCCCUCGUCGGCGGCGACACCACCGCACCCGGUCCCUGGAGCGACGCGAAGGCCGGGCUCAGCGCGCGCACCGAGGCGAGCACGAUCUCGCAGAUCCGCGGGGAGCUCGAGGCCGUGCGGCGCACGCUCGUCCCAGACGUCGACGGCUUCCUCACCGCGCUCGUCCCCGCCCCCGCCGCCGACCCGCCUCCACAUCCGCCGGCGCAGGGGAAGACGCCGCUCGCGCAGGAGCACACGCGGCUCGGGGAGCUGCUGCUGCAGGCGCUCCUCCGGCUGGACGCGAUCACGGCCGAGGGCGAGUGGGAGGACGCGCGCCGGGAGCGCAAGGGCGCGGUCAGGGAGGUGCAGGCGCUGUUAGACCGCCUCGAUGGGGGCUGGCGCGCGUCUCGUUGA